CACAACUAUAGUGUACACUGUCGGCCGCUGCGCUCAUCUGUCCGACCUGGACAUCCACCUCACUCUUCGUUUCUGUUUACGCCAUGAAAACGGAUGUUUCUUGAAAUCCUUGUUAAUCGAGAUCUUCUGUUAAAAUAUUUAGUCUGAAAAGGCUGUAAGUGCAUGAGCUACAGACCAAAAUGGGCUCUGGGGAUGAAAGUACACCUGCUAAGCCCUCGAAACCAACUGCUUCAACUCAGGAGACACCUACAACGCCUUCAUAUCCUGAUUGGUCGACUCCUUUGCAGGCAUACUAUGGUCCUGGUGCUACUCCUCCCUUUUUCACCUCACCUGUUGCUUCUUCUCCAACUCCCCAUCCUUAUCUUUGGGGAAGUCAGCCUUUUCAGCAUUUAAUUUCACCAUAUGGAACCCCAAUGCCAUAUCCUGCUCUAUAUCCUCAUGGAGGACUUUAUUCUCAUCCAAACAUGGCUACGUCUCAGGGUGCACCAUCAGCAACUGCAGAUAUGGAAGAAAAGGCCCCUAAUGGAAAAGACCGGAGUUCAACAAAAAAAUCCAAGGGAAGUUCAGGAAAUACUGGUGGGAAGCCUGUAGGAAGUGGAAAGGCUGCUUCUUGCUCUGGAAAUGAUGAUCCUUCGCAGAGUGCUGAAAGUGGAAGUGAGGGUUCAUCAGCUGCAAGUGAUCAGAAUACCAACCAGCAAGAGCUUUCUGGGAUUAAGAAGAGGAGCUUUGACCAGAUGCUUGCAGAUGGUGCAAAUGCACAGAACACAAGUAUGGCUCAAUGCAGUGGUGCACCUAUUGAAUCAUCUUUCAGUGCAAGGGGUCAACCAGCUGCAAAUGUCGCAGUUUCAAUGCCAGGGAAGUCUGCGGUAACUUUGCCUGUGACUAAUUUGAACAUAGGAAUGGACCUUUGGAAUGCAUCACCUGGAGGUGUGCCGAUGAAGACGAGACCAAAUGCAUCUGUUGGCUCACCAGCAGUAGUUUCAGCACCAGUGGUUGGACGAGAGGGGGUUGUAGCUGAACACAUGUGGAUUCAAGAUGAACGUGAACUUAAAAGACAGCGGAGGAAGCAGUCUAAUCGGGAAUCAGCUAGGAGGUCAAGAUUACGCAAACAGGCUGAAUGUGAAGAGCUACAAUCAAAGGUGGAGACACUGGCAAAUGAGAAUCACACACUUAAAGAUGAGCUGCAAAGGCUUGCUGAGGAAUGUGCAAAGCUGACAUCUGAAAAUAAUUCCAUAAUGGAGGAGCUGACUCGUUUGUAUGGACCAGAUGCAAUAGCUGCUCAUCUGGAAACUAUGAAUACAAAAAUGGUUUUCAAGUCUAGUAAUGGCGAAGGAGAUAGCAAUGGACAAGAUCUUUCAAGGGAAGAUGAGACAGAUUCUUGUCAGAAGGAAGGGAAUGUCUUCAUUUCUAAUGGGAAGCUUGAUUCAGGUUCUAAUUGAACACAAGAUCUCUUUUUAAUAACAGUACUAAUUCAUAGUCUUAACCCUUUGUUUUCUGUCUACUUGACAUCUUUUAUGAACCUAGAAUCUCAUCAAAUCCAGGAAUCUGUAUAUGUAAAUUGCUGUAAAAUCUGAGGAUUAGGUAUUAUACUGCUCUGGCUAUAUGACAAGUUCCCUUUCAUGGAUACCUUCUGUGUUGACAAUUUCAAGUAACUUUAGUCCUUAGCCUGGGUGUGUGUCUCCAAACUAUUAGGACUCCCCAAUGAAAGGAUGAUUGGCAGUGAUUGAA